GAUCUACCUUCAUUUGCAACACCCACAUAAUUCCAGUGAAAAAUCAAGAGGGAGUAGCGAUGAUGUUUAUUAUUAACUUUGAGUAUGUAACAGAUGAAGAGAAUGUGGCAUCUCCCGAGAAGUGCAAGCCAAUAUUGCAAUCCAAACUUGUAAAUCAUGGUAACAACCUUUCAAGUGGCUCUUCUUCAGGCAGACUUUUUGGGUUCCGGUUACCUGGAUUGAGACUUUUAACCUACAGAAAGGAGUCUUUACCACAGGAAGACCCUGACGCAGUGAUAGUUGAUUCAUCUAAGCACAGUGAUGACUCAGUGGCGAUGAAGCACUUUAAAUCACCUACAAAAGAAAGUUGCAGUCCUUCAGAAGUGGAUGAUACAAAAGCACUAAUUCAACCCAGUAAAUGUUCACCUCUGGUUAAUAUAUCAGGACCUCUUGACCAUUCGUCACCUAAACAACAAUGGGACAGACUUUACCCUGACAUGAUACAGACAAGCAAUCCACUAACCCAUUCCAGAUCAAAGGAAAGCAUUUGUAGUAUUCGGAGAGCAUCUUCGGUGCAUGACAUAGAAGGCUUUAACGUCCAGCCCAAGAACAUUUUUAGGGACCGUCACGCAAGCGAAGACAAUGGUCGCAAUGUCAAAGUUUCACGUUCCUGGAUGGCAGGGGGGCCUUUUAAUCAUAUCAAGUCAAGCCUGUUGGGAUCCACAUCGGAUUCAAAUCUCAACAAAUACAGUACAAUCAACAAAAUUCCUCAACUCACACUGAACUUUUCAGAUAUCAAAAGUGAAAAAAAAUCUUCAUCUCCUCCUUCAGAGAAAGCAAUUAUUGCACCUAAGGUGAAAGACCGAACGCACAAUGUAACAGAGAAGGUUACCCAGGUUCUAUCCUUAGGGGCUGAUGUUCUACCAGAGUAUAAACUCCAGACACCUCGCAUCAACAAGUUUACUAUAUUGCACUAUAGUCCUUUCAAAGCCGUCUGGGACUGGCUCAUUUUGUUGCUGGUAAUAUACACGGCCAUAUUCACCCCUUACUCUGCUGCCUUCCUUCUGAAUGACAGUGAGGAACGGAAGAGGAGAGAGUGUGGAUAUUCUUGCAGCCCACUGAAUGUUGUAGACUUAAUUGUGGAUAUUAUGUUUAUCAUUGACAUUCUAAUAAACUUCAGAACAACAUAUGUAAACCAGAAUGAAGAAGUGGUAAGUGACCCAGCAAAAAUAGCAAUUCACUACUUCAAAGGCUGGUUCCUAAUUGACAUGGUUGCUGCAAUACCUUUUGACCUGCUGAUUUUUGGCUCUGGCUCUGAAGAGACAACAACAUUAAUAGGUCUUCUGAAGACAGCUAGACUACUGCGUUUGGUGAGAGUAGCGCGGAAAUUGGACAGAUACUCAGAAUAUGGUGCUGCAGUUCUGAUGCUCCUUAUGUGCAUAUUUGCACUAAUUGCGCACUGGCUUGCUUGCAUUUGGUAUGCCAUUGGAAAUGUAGAAAGACCUUACUUGGCUCACAAAAUUGGCUGGUUGGAUUCUUUAGGAGAACAACUAGGAAAACAUUACAACAAGAGUGAUGCAAGCUCUGGACCAUCUAUCAAGGACAAAUAUGUUACGGCACUUUAUUUUACCUUCAGCAGUCUGACAAGUGUAGGAUUUGGAAAUGUGUCUCCAAACACCAACUCAGAGAAAAUCUUUUCCAUCUGUGUCAUGUUGAUUGGCUCCUUAAUGUACGCUAGCAUUUUUGGGAACGUAUCUGCAAUAAUCCAAAGACUCUACUCGGGAACUGCACGAUAUCACAUGCAGAUGCUGCGAGUAAAGGAGUUUAUACGCUUUCAUCAAAUCCCCAACCCUCUGCGGCAGCGACUUGAGGAAUACUUCCAGCACGCGUGGACGUACACCAACGGCAUUGACAUGAACAUG